CAAAUGUUCACUCGUUUGCAUAUCUCAGCUUCGUCAUCUAAGCGCACCUUGCGUUUACCAUCUGCUCACACAUGUCCGCGUAGAACAUUCUUCCAGUCUUUCGUCGCAAGAAAGGAUGAAAAAUUUGAGGCAAACGACGAAGAUGACGCUCUUGGCGAGGCCAUUCUAGAGGGCCUGAACUUAUCAGACGAUGCCGAUACCCCACGAACUCCUUCAUACGAAAACUGGAUAAUAGGUGCUGGUCUUAAGUACCGUGAUUCCGCGCCACGGAAUUGGCUUGGCUCUGGAACGCCUUUCCCUCUUAACCAAUCAUUCCGUCCCCCUCCGCCUGUUUCGGACGCUUUACGCACUCAUAUCUAUUUUUCUUAUAUGGCUGAUCCCGAGGCUAAUUCAGUGCGCGCACUGGCUGCCAGACAUCAUCUCAGCAUCAAACGUAUCGAUGCUAUUCUACGACUGAAAGGUUUAGAACAAUCGUGGAAAAAGACAGGUUUUGUUCAAGGCAUGGAAAGUAUCCUUGGCGUGCCUCGAACCAAGGUUUUUACCACCCUUGAUGAAUCGAAGCCUGUACCCGUGCAGUACGAUACCAACCAGCAGGUGGCCAAAAUAGAUAGCGAUAGAUAUGAUGCGGUCGAGGCCGAUCGAGAAGACCAAGAAGCCGGUGGCUUUGACUGGGCGCGACAAAGGUACCAGCGGAUGUUUUGGGAGACUGUGCCUGAGGGCAAGGACCCAAUUAUGCCAGGCAUUUUGGAUGCUGCCACAAAAUCAGCCACUGCUACUUCUGAGAACAAGACAAAGACAACUAUUGUCGAACGUCCUGGACGCCCAGCAAUCAAAUUCAUUGAUGUUGGCAAUAUGUUCUUAGAUAUCAAAGAGCAGGAACGUCGUGUCAAGGAGAGCGAGCGCAGGGCGAAGGUUCGAUCGCGAAGAAAAGAGCGUCAAUGGAUGGCCAAUUGAGGUGGGGUAUUGUUCUCUUUCCAUCGUUAUGUGCCGUGCUUAUCCUUGGGCAUUCGUUUGAUUCGAGUAUUUUAUAUACAUACAACCAAUAAUAUAGUACGACUGUCGACCUGUCAGGAUUUGCAUGUGUUACUUGUCCAACUCUACGCAUUGUCAUGAAAUUAUCAACAGACGGUUGAAGGUUUUGUGAGCCUAUGACAAGUUGUCACACCAAAUCGCCAGCUGAGUCGUAGGUGACUAGUAUCAAAGCUCGCUGGUGUGUGAUAGACUUUAUGCCGUAUCAUCAUUACCGCAGUAACCGCACUGAUGGCGCG